CGCCCGGCUGUAAAGUUUGGCAAGCUCAAGAAGGAUGAGUUACACAGGGGGCGUAUCAAGUCGCCUGCGCCAUGGGCAAGGCACAUAUGUGUUUCCAGGAGGGUACUACAGAUACACGGGGGACUGGCAACGGGGCAAGAUGCACGGCCACGGCAUCUUUUUUCUGGGCGACGGUAGCACGUACGAAGGGUCGUUCGUGAACGGAGAAAUCCAAGGCAUGGGGUUGCGUCGAUGGCCCGAUGGAACGACGUACAGUGGCGAGUUUGUUCGGGGGGAGAUGCAUGGAGAAGGGAUGUACAUUGCACCCAGUGGCAAGAAAUACGAAGGCGCGUGGCGCGACAAUCAAUACCAUGGUUACGGAGAACUCACCGAGACCGACCAGUCGCUGUACGAAGGCCACUUUCUCCUCCACAAGCCUCAUGGAGUUGGACGCAAAACAUGGCCAGACAAGAGCACGUACGAAGGGGAGUGGGAACGCGGGCUGUGCCAUGGCCAAGGUACAACUCGCUCUCAAGUCGGGCGGUCGGCACGGUGGUUGUAGGACGAUGGACUGCGGUCGACGGGACGGUGUACGAAGGAGCAUGGGAGCACGGUGUUCGCCAUGGUCUUGGAAAAGGCGCGUGGACGAAUGGCCUCAUGUACGACGGUCUCUGGACGCAUAACCAUCGAGUCCACGUGCCGACGUGUGUGGUCGUAUCGCGGUUGGGCCAGGAUGGAGUGACCCCCGAUCCAUCGCCUCUUGUAUUUCGAGAAGUUGUCCCUGCCGUUCUUGGCGACGAGGUCGCUGGGGACGCUAUCCCGCCCGCGUCGGCUCCAAUACCCCCUGCCAAGAUCCUGCCCCAAUUUCACGUCGCCUGUUGCCGGAGCGGCACCGACGCGUCGUUGUGGAUGCUCGAAGAGAACCACCAAGGGCCCCGUGGUAGCAUCGAGGACGGAGCGACAGCCGACACUGCAACAAUUGUAGUCGUCGAGGAAUCUGGGCAUGGCAUUCGCGUGAGUUUGUUUCAGGGGCGCUCGCCGGCGGAUAUCGCGCGAGAGGCGACGAUGGCCGCACUUGCUGACGCCGAGGCCAAAGAGAAGCGGAAGAAGAGCGCGGCAGUCGAGGCAGUUGCGCCGGCAACGGACGCAACUCCCCCACUUCUCACGACACUUGUCGACCCAGCUACGCAAAUCAAUGUCGUCGAGUGGGUUGUGUACACGUCGCACGGCAUCGCAACGAUUCCAAGCUUGCAAUUGCCAGUGGAAGCAGCGCCGGGCGACUACUUUCUUCAGUUCGACAGCACCAUGGACACAGCGAUUCCGUCCGCCUAUUUUGGGUUUACCAUCGUGCGCGGGGAUGACUCUGGGUCAGACAAAGUCGGGGGCAAGAAGGACGUCCCAAAGAAGAAGUAGACGAAAUUGCAAAGUGAAUGAUGCAUGUUCAUCGGCCAUAGAGGCGUCCAGCGCACCACAAAAUCUUCAUCUGAUGGUGGCGGCUUUUCAAAAAGCAAUUCUCUUGUGGCUACAAUUGAAAAUCGGUAGGCUUGACGCUCGCAGCCAAGAGGCGUCGGUCGACUGUAGCAGGCAUGUCGAGCUGAAAAAACCCCAACACGUUGCGCUCGAGCCGGCUGUGGUACAGCGCAUGCUUCAACGCAAAGUAGACCGAGUUUACGAGCUGGAACGGCGGCUCCCCGACGGCUUUGGAGCUCAUCACGCCUUGGGGGUUUUCGGCCUUGUCCAGCAACGUGACAUUCAAAAUCUCGGGAAUGUCCUUGUGCGACGGGAUCUUGUACUCCCACGUCCCGCUCGUGACGAGCUGUCCGUGUGCAUCGUACUCGACGCUUUCUUGAAAAAAGAGCCCCAGCGCCAUCACGAAUGCCCCCUCGAUUUGACCAAUGUCGAUCAACGGGUUGAACGACUUGCCGCAGUCGUACAUGACGUCCGUUCGAAGCACGUUGAGUUCGCCCGUCAAGAUGUCCACCUCCACCUGCGCCGCCCGCGCUUUACUCGUCAAAGCGAAUGGAGAAGUUUUGUACCUCGGAGCACGCAGCAGCAUACACGAAAUAGUCAAACUGUUGCCCAGGGGGCGCCACAACGUUGGGCUGUUCUCCUGCAAAGAGCUGGACCCCUUCAUCAUGGGCUCGUUGAAUCAAAACUUCCCACGAAGCGUCCUGGGGCAGCUUUGCUCGCACAGGUUCCAGGCGAGUCAUCAAAGUCGCACACGCAGCC